GACUGGAGCAAAAUAUUGGAUCGGGUCACAGCCCAUUUCCGCAGCAGUCAUGGCCGAGCCGCCGAAGAGCAAGAAGCACCGCAAGGACAAGCCGUGGGACACGGCCGACGUGGCCCACUGGAAAGUCGACCAAUGGAAGGACGAAGAGAACCCGACGGGCAUGCUCGAGGAGAGCUCGUUCGCGACCUUGUUUCCCAAGUACCGUGAGAAGUACCUCCGCGAAGUGUGGCCGAUCGUGACGAAGGCGCUCGAUGCGUUCAAGAUUGUGUGCGAGCUCAACCUGAUUGAAGGCUCGAUGACCGUGCGCACGACGAAGAAGACGUCCGACCCGUACAUCGUGCUCAAGGCGCGCGACCUCAUCAAGCUCCUGGCGCGCUCGAUUCCUGUCAACCAGGCCAUCAAGAUCCUCGAGGACGAGGUGCAGUGCGACAUCAUCAAAAUUGGCGGUCUCGUGCGUAACAAGGAGCGCUUCGUGAAGCGCCGCCAGCGCCUCGUCGGCCCCGACGGCGCGACGCUCAAGGCAAUCGAGCUCCUCACCAACUGCUACGUGCUCGUGCAGGGUAACACGGUCUCGGCCAUGGGCCCGUACUCGGGCCUGCGUCAUGUGCGCAAGAUUGUCGAGGACUGCUUCCACAACGUCCACCCGAUCUACAACAUCAAGACGCUCAUGAUCAAGCGCGAGCUGUCCAAGGACCCGGCGCUCCAGGGCGAGAACUGGGACCGGUUCCUCCCCGUCUUCAAGAAGAAGAACGUGCAGACGAAGAAGCCGCACACGGUGCGCGAGAAGCGCGAGUACACGCCGUUCCCGCCCGCGCAGAUGCCGAGCAAGGUCGACAAGGAGAUCGAGUCGGGCGAGUACUUUAUGAAGGAGCACGAGCGCAAGGCGAUGAAGAAGGCGGCCAAGCAGGCCGUGAACCUCGAGGCCAAGGAGGUCCGCAAGGCCGAGAAGGCGGCGACCUUUGUGGCGCCGAGCGAGAAGGAAACGCAAAAGAAGCGCAAGCGCCAGGAAGACACGGCCGCGACCGGGCCGUCCGUGCACGAGCUCAAGGCCAAGUUCCUCGCGCAGGGCUCGACCCUCUCGGAGAAGAAGAAGACCAAGCCGACGUCGUCCGUCAACGACUUUGUCGCGGGCUCUGUCUCGAAAGCCAAGAAGAGCAAAAAGUAAAUUUGAGUUAUACACUACCUACGACGA